UAAAUUUAUUGCUUCAGCUCAACUAACUCUUUUAACGCCAUGUCUUGUUAAAUUCAUCUACCAAAUAUAUGACUUCAAAGGCUUAUAGAUACAAAGAAGAGCCAUUUGUUAAUCUUGGACCAUCACAAUGGCUGAGGUAUACACUGUGAAGGUGGAGGAGGCAAGCCCAGCAACUCAUGAAAAGCCAUCAGCAGGUCCUGUGUAUAGAUGCAUUUAUGCCAAAGAUGGUUUAAUGGAGUUGCCUUCUCAUUUAGAUUCUCCAUGGGACUUCCUCAGGGACACUACGAGGAGGUUCCCCAGCAAGCCAAUGCUGGGUCGACGUCAAAAAACCGAUUCAAAGGGGGGUCCCUAUGAAUGGAUCACGUAUGAAGAGGCUUAUGAUGCUGCCAUCCGAAUGGGUUCCGCCAUGAGGAACAGUGGUGUCAAUCCUGGAAACCGUUGUGGCAUAUAUGGGUCCAACUGCCCCGAAUGGAUAAUUGCAAUGCAGGCUUGCAAUGGCUAUGCAGUAACAUAUGUCCCACUAUAUGACACCUUGGGUUCUAAUGCUGUGGAGUUUAUCAUAAACCAUGGUGAAGUUUCAAUAGCAUUUGUGCAGGAUAACAAGAUUCCUUCUGUUUUGUCAUGUCUUGAUAGGUGUUCAACUCUUAAGACUAUUGUGAGUUUUGGUAAUAUUUCAACCACACAAAAGAAUGAAGCUGAGGAACUUGGUGCAUCUUGCUUUUCAUGGGGAGAAUUUCUCCAGUUGGGAAAUCUGGAUUUGGACCUUCCAUUAAAAAGUAAGACUAACAUCUGCACAAUCAUGUACACAAGUGGAACAACAGGCGAACCCAAAGGGGUCAUUAUUAAGAAUGAGGCUUUCAUGGCUGAAGUGUUGUCUAUUGACCAAAUACUUAAUUUAACUGACAAAGUGGGAACAGAAGACGAUGUAUACUUCUCUUUUCUUCCUCUUGCUCAUGUAUAUGACCAGAUAAUGGAGACCUAUUGCAUCUACAAGGGCUCCUCAAUUGGAUUUUGGCAAGGCGAUAUCAGGUUCUUAAUGGAAGAUGUUCAGGCACUGAAACCAACUAUAUUCUGUGGCGUUCCUAGAGUUUAUGACCGUGUUUAUGCUGGUAUCAACAGCAAAAUCUCAUCAGGAGGAACACUGCAAAGAACACUGUUUCAGUAUGCAUAUAACUACAAGUUGGGAUAUCUGGAGAAGGGUCUUCCCCAAGAAAAAGCAGCACCUAUGUUUGAUAGGCUUGUAUUUGAUAAGAUAAAACAAGCAUUAGGUGGACAAAUUCGUCUCUUGUUAUCAGGAGCUGCUCCUUUGCCUAGGCACGUGGAGGAGUUUUUGAGGGUCACCUUUGGAGCUACUUUGUCACAAGGAUAUGGUCUUACCGAAAGUUGUGGCGGGUGUUUCACUUCAAUAAGCAAUGUGUUUUCUAUGAUGGGAACAGUUGGAGUCCCUAUGACAACCAUUGAGGCCAGGCUUGAAUCUGUGCCAGAGAUGGGAUAUGAUGCACUCUCCAGUGAAGCCCGUGGAGAAAUUUGCCUGAGAGGGAAUACCUUAUUCUCCGGUUACCACAGGCGUCAAGAUCUUACUGAAGAGGUUCUGGUUGAUGGUUGGUUUCAUACAGGUGACAUUGGAGAAUGGCAGCCAAAUGGAUCCAUGAAAAUUAUAGACAGAAAAAAGAAUAUCUUUAAAUUGUCUCAAGGAGAAUAUGUUGCUGUGGAGAAUAUUGAAAACAAGUAUUUGCGGUGCCCCCUUAUAACAUCGAUUUGGGUCUAUGGAAACAGUUUUGAAUCUUUUCUGGUGGCAGUGGUGGUCCCUGAAAGACAGGUCCUUGAGGAUUGGGCAGUGAAGCAUAACUCUACAGAUGAUUUCAAAUCUGUGUGUAAAAAUCUGAAGGCAAGAAAAUACAUUUUGGAUGAGCUCAACAGCACUGGUCAGAAACACCAACUUAAAGGCUUUGAGCUGCUAAAAGCAGUUCAUUUGGAACCAAAUCCCUUUGACAUGGAGAGAGAUCUAAUAACUCCAACAUUCAAAUUGAAGAGACCGCAAUUGCUUAAGUACUAUAAGGACAAUAUUGAUCAACUAUACAAGGAAGUGAAGACAACGAUAGUGUGAAUAAUGGCAAUCGGGAAUUUCAUAUGCGAUUAUCCAGAUUCCUGACAGUUUCCUCAGAAUCCAUUUGAAUUUUGUGUACUUGAGGUUCAUUGCGUAUUGAGUGCAGUGAAAAGCUAUAAACAAAACUUAUAGUAUAUUGAAAUAGCAACUGCGUA